AUGAAUACCAAGACUUUGAUGCUUAGCUGCGCCUUCUUGGCCAUACUUGUGGCCUAUGUGCCAUUGAGCAACGCUGCAGCCUGCACUGAUGAGAUCAAUGGCGAUUGCACUGACUGCACGAAUGCCGUUAAUUUUGAACAUGCUGAUUGCCUUGCUGUUGUUCCUCCUACGGAUGAUGAUGAGGAUACUGAAGAAGUAGAGUCAACCACUGGCGAUUGUGGUGGACGCGGUCCACGUGGACCUCAUAGGCAUCACCAUGGACGCAGAGGUGGCCGCAGAGGUGGACGCGGUGGCAGACGUGGUGGAUUCGGUGGACGCGGUGGAUUCGGUGGACGCAGCGGUGGCUUCGGCGGUCGUGGUGGUCGCUUCGGCAGGCGCGGCGGACGUCGUAACUAA